AUGCUCCUCCCCAACCCCAGCAGCGGCAGCAGCAGCAGUGAGGAGGGGGAGGAUUGUGACGAAGGCAAGGGAAGAGCACCGCGUUCUCAGCUCGCCACGAGGACGAGUAGCCUGCUGAUGGAGGAUACGGGUGGCGACAGCGGUGCUGACAAGGACGGCGAGGAGGGAGCGGAGGAGGACGGAAAGGAUCAGGAGGAGGAGGAGGAGCAAGAGGAGGAGGAAGAGAAGGACGCAGAGGAGGUGGACGAGGAGGUGCAAGAUAAGGAGGAAGAGGAGACGGGGGAGAAGGAGCAGGAGCAGGAGGACGAGAAGGAAGAAGAGAGGGACGAAGAGGAGGAGGAGGAGAUCGAGGAGAAGGAGAAGGAGCAGGAGGACGAAAAGGACGAAGAGAGGGACGAAGGGGAGGUGGAGGAGAACGAGGAGAAGGAGGAGGGCACCAGUACCGAGGACAACAGGGUCGUUCCAUUGCAGGUGAAACAGGAGGUCACAAACGCCAACAGCGUGCAGAACCUCUUCAUCGAGGUACCCGCUUGGCAGCGCUCGAGGGUGCUCGAGAACAUCGUCACCUACUACUCGAAGGGCUCGCACGCCGUUGUGAUCGCCGGUUCCAAGGCAGAGUGCGACGAGCUUGCCGACGGGAGAACUUUCAAGACUCUCACGUCUCAGGUUCUCUCCGGAGAUGACCGCGAACAGUCCAUCAAGGGUUUCCUUACCAAGGGCGUUAAGGUUCUGGUGGUUACCGACGUGGACGCCCGCGGUAUCAACAUGUCAGACAUCGACCUGGUCGUCCAUUACCGCCCUCCUCGCGACGCUGAUUGUUACGUGCACCGCUCCGACCGCAUGGAAAGGGCCGUUCGUCCCGGCGUGACGGUUACGUUGUACGCCGAGAACGAGAUCUGCGACAUCCGCAAUAUCGAGCAGCGAGUGGGGUUCCGCUUCGAGUGCCGCGCGGUGCCAUCCGAGGAGCAGAUGAUGGCUCUCGCCGUGAUGCUUGCCCGCCAGCAGAUAAAGGGAGUCAGCGAUGACAGGGCGGAGUUUUUCAGGGGGGCCGCUCAGGAACUUCUCGCCGAAGACAAAUCGGCGGACACGGAACUUCUGCUUGCCAAGUGCUUGGCGACCAUCGCCCGCAUGACGGACCGCAAGACGGAUGUUGCGGCGUCAGACGAUGAGGCGGAUACUGAGGAAAUCAGCACGGAACAAGACGACAGCGACGCCACAGAAGCCGAUGCGGAACAACACAAGAAGGAACAAUGUCCGAUUCCCGAGGGUUCAGCGGAAUCAGUACUCCAAGCCGACACCACCGGUGAAGACGGCUUGAAUGACUGGCAGUACCUUACACCUGAUGACGAGGUUUCCAUCUCAGCGUCAGACGCGCAUCAUUCUAGUGCGGCAUCGCCAUCACAACCAGCAUCGAAUCAAGCUGCGUCAACAGCAACCUCGGUCGUAGUACGAGCCGUUCCUGAGAGAGCGGUGAAGGCCGCUGAGGCUAGCACCGCAGCUAUCAGGUCGAAAAGAAAAGGGACUCGCGGUGCAGCGGGCGGAACACGAGGUAGCGGUGGAGGAAGACGGCGUAGGGUGUUCGAGGAGGACGACGACGAUGAUAAUAGCGAUUGUGUUGCCGUCGAUGCGGUUAAGGGGCAGGACUCUGCCAAGAUGGGCUUAGACCUCAGUGGCGAAGGAGACAGGGUUGGGUUGCCAGAAAACAUCGUCACUGGUCCCUUGCAGGUCCGGCAGGAGCAGGAGGGCCAGGCGGCAUUAUCAGCACCAGCGGCAGCAGCACAAGGCGUUUCUGAGACGGCCGUGAAGGCUGCUAAGGCUAGCGCUGAAGCUGUCACCGCGAAAAACAACGCAUCCGGUGCGCCGGGCGGCACACCAGGUGGUGGUAGAGGAAAACGGCGGAGGGUGUUCGAGGAGGAGGAGGAUGAUGAUGAUGAUUAUAGCGAUCGCAUUAUUGUCGACGCGGAUAAGGGACCGGAGUCUACGAAGCUGGGCUUGGGCCUCAGUGCAGGAGGCGGUAUUGAUGGUGUGCUGGAAGAUGCCUCUUCCCUGCAAGACAUCGUCGCUGGUGGUGGUGCCACUGUUGUUGGGGAUACCUCCGGAGAGGCGCAAGAUUACGGCGAAACGCAAGAGGGAGGAAAGGAUGAGGAAGGCGAAGCCCUGUGGAAUGAAGAUAGUGACGAGGAAGUUGACGUCGCACCGGCGAUCUCCAAGGGGAAGGGAAAAGGAAAAGCUAAAGCCAGAGAUAUUGCCCGAGGUGCCGACGAUGACAACGAAAACCACAACGAGUCGGUGACAGCAGCAGCAGCAGCAGCAGCUACCAAGACAUCGUCAAAGAGCAGAGGAGGCGCAAGCGGAAGCCGGGGGCGGCGAAGACCAAGGCGUGCUGCGGCGUCGACCGGAAUUAACUACGCAGCUAUUCACGAGGGUCUAUCGCCAGAGGACUUGGAAACGAGGGGAAGAGCGGCGGGCCAAGUCCGCACGAGGAGCAGGCGUGGGGCAACACCGCCGGGAGAAUCACCGUCUCCAUUGCGGUCGCUCGAGAAUACGGACGACGGCAGCGGUGCAGGCACUGGCGGCGAGGAGGAGGAGGACGAGGAGGAUGAGAGCAUGCCCGACCGUCGGAGGCGGAAAGGGGGCCGAAAGCGUCGAAGGGUGCUGGCGGAGGAAGAGGAAGAGGAAAGUGAGGUAGAGGAGAACCCAGGGGCAUUGCUGUUCCAGCAGAUGCAGGAGGACGAUCCGGACGUGGAAGACACGGUGGUCGCCAUGAGCAGCGCCGCCCUCACGGAGGAGGAGCACGAAAAUGUCAUGUGGUACACUUACCUGGAGUUUUUGGCCAAGGCAGUUCAAGGGGGAGGGAAGGGCGCGGCCUUCAUGGAAAAGUUCGACUCCAAGAGGCACGCUUUUACCGACUACCGUAAGGCCAUCAAGAACUUUGAAGGUCGCGUAUGCACCAUCCGAGAGAGUAUCGCGGCGGGGGGUUCGUGGAACCAGGAGUUCAUGACGGCAGUGACGAGCUACCCCUUCGUCGGCUUCCAUUUCGGAGUGUCGCAUGAAGGCCCCACCGAGAUCGAUGAUGAAGAAGAGGGCCAGGACAUCGAUUGGGAGAGCCUGGGAAGGCCAGACCCGUGCGCGGCCUGCCACCGCCGACAGAGAGAAAACAUGUCCACGAUGUACCUCGCCGGCAGUCGCGGCGGGUACAAGUCCAAACAGAAAGUCCGCGAGCGUCUUGGCCUCGGGGGGAGGUGCCGCUACAAGUCGCACCUCUAUCACACCUUGUUACACUACAAGCUGUAUCUGGUGUGUAAGGUUCGAGAGCACAUGGACACGACCGGGGUCGGGCCCGAAGACCUUCGAAAGGGAGAAUGGGCGGAGCAGAAGUGGGACGACGAAAAGCUUGCCAUCGAUCAGCUGGUGGGGAAAGCCGAGUACAUGGCCAACAUGAAGACUUUUAAGGAAUACUGGCGCGAAGAGACGUGGGCGGAGAUGAAAGCCAUCCGAAAGUGGCUCUACGUCCCGCUGCGCAUCGUUUACGAGCAAGAGGCCAAGCAUGAUUGCCGCACCAAGCUGGACCAACUCGACGAGGCUGACUCAAGCACAAGCGACGACAGUGACAGCACCAGCGGCAGCCGUGGACGCUUGCCGCGCGGAAGCCAGAGGGCAGGAGCAGGAGCGGGGAAGGCUGUUCGGGGAGGUGGUGGUGGUGGCAGGAGACGCGGGCGAUACCAGGACGACGUGAGCAGCGGGAGCGCGGAACCUGACAACAUGAGCGAUUUUAUCGUUGACGACGACGACUACGAAUGAGAACGCGAGCGCAAUUGUUUGUGACACCGGGAAAGUUUCCGUAGAGGAACACUGCUCGUGAGUAGCUGCGGAUCGCGUUGGACAGUUCGUGGUCGUGUCAGCACCCGUCUGUCUGUCGGGGAUGAUGGUUGUUUUUCUUGUGUCCUUUUCUUGUUCCCACGUUGACAAGAGGACAAAAGAAUAAACAAUGAGACUGCAAGCCUUCUGAAAUAAUCACACAUAGUUGAAAUCGACGUGUGAUCAGCAGCAGUGUACAGCUGUUAGUUGGGUGUGUCUCGACCUGGUCACUGUUCCGUCUGAGUUGUCGCGACGUUAUCAUGUUAUGGUGCUGUGCUCAUGUGAAGCGCACCAAGAUUUGUGCGUAGAUCUCGUUUC